GAGGAGGAUGAGCGCCGGGGCGCUCCCGGGAAGGAGGCAGAGCUCCCCCAGCAGCGCCCCGGCAGCGAUGAGCCGGAGCCCCCCGGCCCCCCAGCAGCCCAGCCCGGCCUCCUCCAGGCCCAGGACAUCCUUCCUCAUCCAAGACAUCCUCUGGGAUGGGGCGGAGCGCGGAGCGCGGCUGGACAGGGGCAGGAGCAGAGGCUUUGGCAGCGCCGGGAAUGGGGAGAGCGGAGCGGCCCCGGCCGACGGGAGGGAGGGCGGCUCCGACCCCGGGAACCACCCCGGGAGCCCCCAUCCCACGGGAGCAUCCCACGGCACAGGCACAGCCCGGGAAGAGGACACAGGUGAGGGCUGCGAGCUCCUGCUGGAGCCGGCGGGCUGGGAAUGGGGCAGGGAAUGGAUCGGGAAUGGCUGGGCUGGGAUUAGGGAAUGGAUCGGGAAUGGAUCAGGAAUGUCUCUGAUGAGGUCAGGGAAUGGAUCGGGAAUGGAUCAGGAAUAUGCCCCUGUGCAGAGUUACCUGGCGGGGUGUGACCCCCCCCUGCCCGCCUCCCCUCGCCCCCCCAAGCCCCCCAAGCGCUCCCGGGCCGCCUUCUCUCACAGCCAGGUCAUCGAGCUGGAGAGGAAAUUCAGCCACCAGAAAUACCUGUCGGCCCCCGAGAGAGCCCACCUGGCCCGGAACCUGCAGCUCACCGAGACGCAGGUGAAGAUCUGGUUCCAGAACCGCAGGUACAAGACCAAGAGGAAACAGGUGACGGCGGAGCUGGCGCGCUCGGACACUGCCCUGGCCGGGCACAAGGGGCACCCGGAGCUGCCGGGGGCAUCGCUGCUCGCCCUCAGGGCCACCUGGCCCUACCUGCCCUGCCUCUACUACCUGCACGGCUGGAGCCCCUCCUGGUAGCAACAGCUUUUUUUUCUUUCUUUUUUUC